AUGAAUCAGAUGGUAGAGACCAGAUUUAGUCGGCGGAAAAGAGCACCUCCGCAUCAGUACCCAGAUACAUUCAGAAUAUUUAACCUUCAAGUCCCAAAAAGAAAUAAUAUUCUAGACAAGGUUGAAUGUACACCAAAGAAAGAAGAAAGAUAUUUAUUGGAAUGGCGCAAUAAUCCUCAACCACAACAUGCAAAGCUACUUAGAAUGCAUACCAAGUUUAUAAAUGAGCCAGUAUUAUAUAUGGAAACAGAGGACACAAAAACAAAACAGUCUCAUUGGUGGCCGACCUUUGAGCCCACUGUACAGCGUCCUAAACCACCUUAUGACAAGCAGAGCACUCACAGGAAUGAUUUCCAGAAGCCAGACUGUAUUUUGUCUCGGCCUGUUAAACAUCCCUCUAAGUUACAGCCUUCAUAUGGAAUAGUUCCACUUGCAUCUCCUCAACUGCCGAAUCGCCUUCCGAGAAUUUUCCAAGAGCAGCUCACUUUCAAAUGUAACUAUAAUGCCAGAGAAACUCCCUGCAUCCCCUAUCAAGGAAAGAAACAGGGCACAAUUAUUUUGACAGAGAAAAAACCAGACAGGAAGAUAAUGCCUUCUAUACAGGGGCCAGACUUACCAGAGGAUCUCAAAUCAGAAAAAGGAGCCCCAGUAGAAAAUGGUGUAACCUCCGUCCACGUUGACUCAUUCGAUGCCCAGAAGACAUCACCACAUUCUGAAGCACACAUAUCAAAACCAGCCAUGAAUUUGGAAACCAAGGCAGACCCCAGAACUCCAGAAAUGGACCACUGA